UCCCAGUGGCCAAAACUCAACCUCUCCUCCAUACCCAGGAAGAUGGCAGAAAAGCAGGAGGAGCCCAGCAACACCCAGAACGGCGAACCUGAGAAUGCAGAGGAGGGCGAGGGCAAAAAGAAGAAGGUGAAGCGGGAAGAUCUGCCACCCUUUGAAAUCGUGACGGGGGAGCGCCUCCCAGCCAUAUUUUUCAAAUUCCAGUUCAGAAACGUGGAGUACAGCUCCGGCAGGAACAAAACCUUCCUGUGCUAUGUUCUGGAGACCCAAGGCAGAGAGUCGGUGACUUCCCGGGGUUACCUGGAAGACGAGCACGCAGCCGCCCACGCAGAAAUGGCUUUCUUCAACACCAUCUUACCCAAAUGCGAAUCGAGCCUCCGCUACAACAUCACCUGGUACGUCUCCUCCAGUCCCUGCGUGACCUGUGCCGAGCGGAUAACCGAGACCCUGAAGAAGAACAAGAACCUGCGCCUGACAAUCAUGGUCGGGCGGCUCUUCAUGUGGGAAGAGCCAGAGAUGCAGGCUGCCCUGAAAAACAUGAAGUCGGCCGGCUGCAAGCUGAGGAUCAUGAAGCCUCAAGACUUUGAGUAUGUGUGGCAGAACUUUGUGGAACCCGAGGAAGGAGAGGAAGCCAAGGCUUUCGUGCCGUGGGAGGACAUUCAAGAGAACUUCCAGUAUUACGAGGAAAAGCUGGCUGAGAUUUUGCACUGAGGCUUACG